AUCUGUUCAUUUCAAAUGGAUCCAGACUUGCAGGAGGCUUUCAAUGAUGUUCAGAGCUCCGUCUACAGAACAGCCCUAAAACUACGCUCAGUACAAAGUCUGUGCCAGUUGGAUUUGAUUGAUGUUUCUCUGAUUCAACACAUUCUAUCAAGUGAACAGAGCCAGAGGGGAAAACAGAUUUCUCUGAACAUGCAGCAAAUCUUUAGAAUGUUGACAAAACUGUUCCAAAGGGCAAGAUUUGAAAAACCAGGCCAGGUAGAUCCAAGAGCUGCUGAAUUCACGCUGAGUCUGCUUGUUGCCAUGUAUGACAGAUCUGGAACAGGAUAUGUCAAAAUUAGAUCUACUGCAGCUGCCCUAAUUGCCCUUUCAGGAGACACUCUACUGGCUAAAUACAGAGCUUUCUUCCAGUUUUAUGCUGUUCCUGAUGGGAAGGUGGCCUUGAUUACCCGUAGUGCCCUGAGAAGCCUACUAACAGACUUAAAUCAGAUCCCAGCCAUUGUGGGAGAAAGCUGCACUCUGUCUUGUCUGGAAAUUGCGACUCAUGACUGUUUCCAUGGGGUUCUUAAUUCAGCUAUUGUUGAAGAAAAAUUCCUUUCUUGGCUGAGAUCGGAGCCUGCUGUUCUCCUGUGGCUCCCUACAUGUUACAGAUUAUCAGCCACAGAAAUGGUUUCUCACCAAGCUAGAUGUAGAGUCUGCAAAGUUUUCCCCAUUACUGGCCUCAGGUAUCGCUGUUUGAAGUGCCUCAAUUUUGACCUUUGCCAAGCCUGCUUUUUCACUGGCCGUCUCUGCAAACCACAUAAGAGGUCACAUCCUGUUAUGGAACACUGUGUGCAGAUGUCAGCAAAGGCAAGUGCAAAGCACUUUCUCCGCACCAUCAGGAACAACCUGUUUCAAGAGCGCUGCCGAAGAAAGGAGGCUCAGAGAAGAAGGACUCUGGAGACAGUGGAGGAGAGGCACUUCCCUACUCACAAAAAGACUUUUCCUCCUGCAGAACUCAGUGCUUCACCACUACCUGGCCCUGAAAACCUGUCUUUCCCAGGGGAUGGUUUUGUCCCAGAGUCACCCAAGUUCAUAACUGAAAACAGGAAUGUAAUGCAGAAGAGAGAGAAUAACAAAAGGACACCAGAGCAAGGCAAGACAAUAGCUCAGGCAAUAGCCUCUUUUGAAGCAGAUGUGUUAAAAAUGCACGAAUCUCUCAAAAGCAUUCACAGUGACAGCAGGUACAUGAAGAAGCAGUUCAUCAAAUGGAAGGACAAAAUGCAAUUUCUUCACAACUGCCAGGAAGAAAAAAGCUGCAAAAUAGAGGCAAAACUCCAAAGACUGAGACUAAGCCAUGAAAACCUGCAAAUGACACUGCAGCAAAUGAAGCAAGAAAUAAAGACAAUGUUACAGUCAUCAGAACGUCCUUUUGCACAGUAUCAGAAUACAAUGCCAAGAAAUCCACAUGUUCUGCUGGAAAGGAAAAUGCAGAGUGAAUUAAAUCCUGCCCAAAUAAGGCCUACUUCCAGAACAUGUGCAGAAUGGAAAUCUUUGAAUCCCCCCAACCCUGCAAAUAGAAUGCAGCUUUUACAGACACCUGAGCUUCCCACUCCAGUGGACUUCAUGUUUUCAGACAACCCACUGGAGUCAGUGUCCCUGCAGAGUGACAGACCCUUUAUGGAACAGUAUAAAAAAGCAAAUGAGAAUCAAACAUAUCUGCCUAAAUUGACAGAAAAUUCUCUCAGUGGCAUCAGGAGGAACACAGUUCUUACUCCCGCUGCAGUGCAACUACCACCUGAUGAGAAGGAAGUCAGAGAGGAAGUGGAACUGCAGCAGCUAGUGAUGAAACUGAAGGAUGGAUUGGCUCUCCAAACCCAACCAGCCCAACAGACCACUUUGAAGCAGGAGUUGUUCUCUACAGCUGAGCAUGUCUGCAGAUCCUUUUGUGACCUCAUCAACCAAGUAAUUUCACCAGCUUGUGAAUGAUGGAAACCACCAUUCACCUUACAGCUUCACUGAACUAGUUAAGAAUGAAUUAUAAUCAUCAAGAUAAAUCACAGAAUCACAGAAUAUGCUGAGUUAGAAGGAACCCAAAAGGAUCACUGAGUCCAACCCUUAGC